AUGACGGAUUAUGAGGAAUUGCGGCAGAGGUUGUGGAGGGACAUUGGGAAGAGUGCAAGAAGAAGGUCGAGGCGGAGGUCUCGGAGCUGUGGCCCCAGUUCCACAGUCACAUCUCGUCAACCGCAGUCUACUGAAAUGUCCCUCCGGUCUCUAUGCAAAGGGGCCAGCCCUCGUCGAUGUGCCUCCGGGAGAAUUUCUUCAGCGUAUGAUCCACUCAGUGGGUCGCGAGGCAGAGAAGUGGAAUAUGACAGCUGCUUAGUGCAUGCCUUACUGAGCUUGGUGGAGGAAAUGGAUGAAAAGAGUUCCUGUAGGUCGUCAAGUAGCCCCAAACGGAGGGCAUCCCCUCUUCGGUCAGGAGCUAGAGACAGACAGGCUACGAGAACGGGAAUAUUGCCAUCAGGCAUCAACGCUCCCCCACGCACGAGGUUGGGAAGCACGUAUGGUAGAGGCAGGAGAUCACGUACUCGGGAAAUGACAUCACGUCACAGGACUCAUGUUGAUUGUGAACACGGAAUGGAUCCAAGGAAGCUAGCGGAAGCCUUUUACGUCAACAACACCAGUUGGAAACUAGCAGAAGCAGUGUACUUGCACUUCGUGGCUGAAACAAACAAACAACAACUUCCAGGCAUCUGUCAUGAGCAACGCGGACGGCGGGGGUAG